AGCAGGCGCUGCUGCAUCUUUGGACCCUGCUGGUACAUCUGAUGCUGACCUUUCUGCCACUGCAAUGGAGGUCGACUCGUUUUGUCAGGGACACCCCAUCAGCUGUGCCCCCCCCCUCUCUCGCCGUACCCCCGCAGACACCGGUAUUUCAUCCUGCCACGGCCAUGAAUCUGGCUCGGCCUGAUGUGCCGCAGUCAGUCUCCGGCAUACAGCUGCUGCCUCGGGCUGAGAAGGCACCCUGUGAGGGUCAUCGUGCGGCGUGGCUUCAUGAGCUGUCUCUGUGCUUUCCUGCAGGACGCAGUCGGGCCAGACGGUCACGGCGGCUACCAUCUCGUCGUGGCCCUGGCACACGCCCUCGUGGACCUGCGUCACCGCACCUUUGUAACCCAACGGCAGGCCAGAGAAAUUAUCGCUCUCUGGCAGAAACUGUCUGACCGGGACAAGGCAGCGGUGUUCCCCUCCCGCUACCUUCUUAAGACGAGCCAUCCAGCCAGUGUGAGGCGUGCUGUCCUGGGCCAGGGCGCGGGGCCGGCACAUUCUCCCAAGACCAGCAGACUUAUGGAGGCCAUCCUGCUGGAACUGUGCCGCACGCACCUCCACGACCGGACUACGAUCGCCGGGGUCUGCAUCCGUUGCUGGGGUGCCGUCAUGAGGGACUACAGAAUAAUCAAGAACAAUCUCUACACCAAUCCUACCCUCGUGGCGAGCACCCGCAUCCAGCUUUUCGUCAUUAGCCAACUGACCCUUACGCAAUGGCACAAUCAGAGGAACCAGGCGAUGAUGAGGGACACCAUCACCAUGGCAAUACCGGGGCCCAGCGCAUCCCUGACAGCAGCAGAGCCCCUGUCUGCCCCACGUACCCUGCUGCAGCGGCCCGAGCAGCCAGACCAGCCUUCCCAACACCGCCUGCCCGCGGAUGCCUCUGGUCUGGCUUCCACCAUCAGAGGGCCGCUGGCCCCGGAGCUGUAUGCCCUCAUCAUCGCCCGUGCUGGCUUAUCCUCCUCCUCAGCCUCAGCAACCCUGUCCACCAACGCUGGUGCCAUGAGCGCCCCCUCCACAGCCACCACUGCUCCAUCUGCCAGCUCCUCCGCCCCUGCUGGAGCAGUUCCACGCUCCACCGCCUGGAGGUGGAAGGUCCAGCAGGAGAAGGAGCGUUGUGCCUGGGAGGAAGGCAAAGACAUUAAAGACUACAAGAAGGCCUCCCACUUCACCUGCAGGCUCUGUGGCCAACCAAAGACUAGACAAUAUGGCCACAGCCGCUACAGGAGGGAGGUCUUCUGCACCCGGGCCGACGGGAGGACUGUGGAGCAGUGGCUGGCGGACAAAAAACGGCAGGAGGGGGCAGCUCAACCCCCCCUCCCCCCUAGAUAUGUAAAUAGUGUAAAUAGUUAGUGUAAAUAGUUAGUGUGUGUGUGUUGUGUGUGUGUGUAAAUAAUUUUCAAUAAAUCCUUUUUCUUUUUAAAAACAAAUGUACUUGUUUUUCUUAAAUGUAUC